AUGUCCAGCAUCUCAUUGAUUGAUUCCGUCAUCGACGAUGACGACGAGUUCUGCCCCCUGUGCAUUGAAGAGUUCGAUCUCUCUGAUAAGAAUUUCAAACCGUGUCCUUGUGGAUAUCAGAAUGAAGAAGGCCGAUGUCCUAACUGUCGGCGCGGAUACGAUGAAAGUACCAUUCAGUACAAGAUUCCCGACGUUGAGGAGUUCAAGGCAGAUCUGGCACUCAAACACCGCAAGGCGGCCGCUGCGAAAAAGAAGGAGGCCGAAAAGCGUGAAAUCGAGGCCUCCAGUCGGAAGAACUUGGCCGGUGUUCGUGUUGUCCAAAAGAACUUGGUCUACGUUAUUGGCCUCAACCCUACGAUUCGAGACGAAAACCAACUCCUUCAAACGCUCCGAGGACGGGAAUAUUUCGGUCAAUAUGGCGAAAUCGAGAAGAUCGUGGUCAGCAAGGCUAAGCCCGGCGGCAACCCCAAUCAAGGAAUUGGUGUUUAUGUGACUUUCUCGCGCAAAGUUGAUGCUGCGAUGUGCAUCAACGCCGUAGACGGUUCCGGAAAUGGUGAUCGAGUGCUCAGGGCGCAGUACGGAACAACCAAAUAUUGCUCGUCCUUCCUUCGCAAUGAGCAAUGCAAUAAUCGGAACUGCACUUUCUUGCACGAGACUGGGGAGGACAGCGACAGCUACAGCCGCCAGGACCUCUCAUCUAUGAACACGAUUUCCACCCAACGCCCAAAUCUCCCACCUACUCCCUCUCACGUGAGGUCCGCUCAGCCCAUAACCCAUCCUAUGCGCCGGCAACCAAGCAAGGAUGGCUCGAUCAGCAGCCGCACCGGCAUACCAGAUGGCCCGGCUCUCCCGUCAACUGCCAGCUGGGCCAACAAAGAUGUUGCCAUUCACCGAGCCAGAAGGACUAGUCUCACUGGUAGCCAAGCGUCUAUUAACAGUCCACGGCCUGCAAGCGUCAAUGUUGCAACCCCAGCGGAAGAACCGAAGCGCGCAGAGAAGCCAUCUCCGAUUUCCCAAGAAGCCCAACCUUCAACAUCCCAAGUCGAUCCUCAAUCUCCCGCCCCGCAACCACGUCCUCGCCGUGUGACACAACCUCCGAAGCUGCCAUCACCAUUUGACGGUCUGAUCAAGGAUAUAAACUCUCCAGAUUUCAAGUUUUCCUUCAGCACAGCAGAAUUGACUGCGGAAGAGGUUAAGUUAAUCAAAGAUUACCCAUCUUUCAUUGACCCAUAUGGUGGGGUUAAGCGCAGAGCAAUGCGCGAGAAAGUCGAACAAGAGCGUCUGAGCCGAGAGCAUGAGCUUCUCCAAUCUGUUGCAGCUGAGGAGGAUAGCCGUGAAGCGGGGAGCCUUCAGCUAGGUGGUGAGCCAGAGGAAGUAAAUCCCCCGCGCAGUCGCCAGACGCGGGAGUCUCACGGCGCUAUUCGGCCUCCUUCGCAGCAGGAUACUGCGGAUAACUCAACUGUUGGAUCUCCUGUCUCUGCGACUAGCCAUCAAUUCCAAGGCUUGAACCUCGCUGGACGAAGCUUAACUCCCUUGCAGCAACAGCAGUUGAUGCUACUUAAGUCCGCUGGUAAUCAGCAUGCUGGUCUGUCUGACCCUCUCAGCUCUGCCGCUCUGGGCCAAGCCGCCCAAGUCCGCCAAGGCCUUGUGCAAAAUCAGAUGGCACAGUUCAAUGCGCUGCAGGCAGCACAGAGCCGACAGUCUUCCAGAUUCUCCUUCACCAAUGAGGCCGGUUCUAAGAAUAUGCCUAACGCACGCAUGUUGGGUCAAAUGCAGUCUUCAUCUCCCAACCCUCUUUCUGCUCCAAGCCCUCAACACGGUCUUGCAGCAAGCGGUUUCUACGCCAGUGGUGUGCAGGGUCCCCCCCCGGGACUAAAGACGGCCGGUACACCCCCGAUUAGCGGUGGUGGUAUGUUCGCCCAGGGACACGGCUUCACUUCUGGACUUGGUGGUAAUGGGGGAAAACAAGAUCCAACACCGGAGCUAAUGCGCGAACUACUGCGUGGACGGACUGGUACGAACGUUGGUGGUUUACAGGGCCAAGAGGCAGCUAAGCGUGAGUUCAUGUUCCCUUUUCUUCAACAGCACAAUACCCCGCCCCCCAUGACUCCUGUCAAUGGCCUUCUCAGCUCCUUCUAUGGGCCUCAGGCGGGUGUAAUGCCUGAUUCCGGUGGCCCACAGAAGCAGAAGAAGAAGGGGAAGAAGCACAGACACGCUAACACUUCCUCCGGUGGAGGUGGUGUAGUAGAUCUUGCGGACCCGAGCAUUUUGCAGGCGAGAAUGCAUCAAGUCGGUGCGAAUGCUACUGCUGGGCAAGCGUUGUACGGGAGUCAGGGUCAAGUAAAUGAGGACUUUCCACCUCUUGGAGAUCAAUCCAAAGAUCGGCGACCCAUUGACAGCUUUGGGUUUUUAAAGUCUCAGUUACCCGGUGAAUCAGCCGCUCGUUCUGGGACUCCAACUCUGCCACCUGGUCUGCCUUUACCCCACGCUCAUCCCUCAUCUUCCGUCUUCCAGGAGCACACCUCCUCUAAACCUUCGUCUCCCGCUCCAAUUCUUCCACCGGGCUUGACGCCCAGUAUUUCGCGACUGAACAGCCCAUCGCAGAGCCUCAUUGGCAGCCCCUCUCAUCUUUUGAGCCCUGAGCUCACAGUGGGCGGACCACUGACAUCAAGCCGCGUGAAGGACGCCUCUCAAAUCUCCUUUGGAUCACCCGUGCAAAAAUCCGCGAGCAAGGCCCGUACCCAGCGCAAGAGCGAGUUCAACAUUGGAGCUGAUUUCAAAAAUUCCCCUGCAAAGGCUGAAAACCAGUCACAGUCAGGUUCUGCCACUACGAAAGGCAGCGCACUUGAUUUUGGUUCCCCACUAGUUUCAUCAACCAAGACUGAGCAGGGACCACCUCCUGGCUCUGUUUCCGCAAUCGGGUCGCGACCUGACACACCCCAAACCUUCGCAUCCCGCCUCUCUGACUCCCCUGCCCCUCGUCAGCCUCGAAUUCUGCGUGUGGUAGAGACCCCAAAGCCAGAAACUCCUCCGAUUGUCACGGCACCCUCUGUGCCCGCUUCUGUUGUUGGAGGUACCAAGUCCCGCUCUAGGAGACAGAGUAUGUCCUCAACCAGCAUCCCCGACACUCCUGCUGAUGUGGGAUGGGAAGCUGAUUACUAUCCUUCCACUUCUGCUUCUCGUGCAAAUUCCCCUCCUGCUUCUUCUCGUAUCGGCUCCGCCCCCGUUCGCUCCAUGACCAAGAGCCAGGUCAAGAAGGAACGGAAGCAGAAGGCGAAGGAGGCCGAGGCCAAGAAAGUUGAAAUUGCUGCUGUGAAUGAGGAGCCUGUUCAAGCACCCAUCAUGGGGCGAAAGCGCAAGACCAAGAAGGCCCCCACAACCACUGUGAGCACAGCCAAUGCACCCGCUCCCAGUCGCCCCGAAAAAGCGAGCCCUGUGAAACCAGCGAGCGCUCUUCCAGUCAAGGCCGAACUCAAGGUGGAUACUACCACAAAGAAAGUGAAAGCCAAGGAGACCAAGCCAGUCAGAGAGCCUACUCCUCCCCCUGUCGAAGAGCCACCUGUUCAUAAGGAAACCCCCGUAGAGCCAUGGCGUACAAACAAUACAGUUGGACAGUUGGUCAAGGAUUCCGAGGCGCUUGGACGGGCAAUCAAGGAUCUUUUCGUGGAAAGAACUAAGCCUCUACAUGAGUUACUCGCUGAGAUGCACAAAUCCGGCGAACUUGACCUUAACAAAAGUUCCCUCUUCAACCCUAGCAACCUCAGCCAACGCACAGACAUGAAGUGCACUGCUGAGGACUACGAUUAUCUCCAGUGUCCUAACGAGUUGACCGAGGAGGACCGGAAAACUCUGCUUCGUGGCGAGCCCGUUCGAAUUGGCGAUGAUUUCCUGAAAACUCGAUGCCUCAUCACGCCCCGGGGCUGUGUCCUACGCCACCUCGAGCCAGAGGAGGAGGAGCGGUACCUCGAGCUGGAGAAGAACAUGACCGGUACCUCCGAUCCUUUCGUGAUUGGAGACGACGCGAGCAAUCCCAGUGGCGGUCUGGAAGCACUUUUCGCGAACCCGGAAAAGUUCAACCUCUGCUGGGUUGACGAUAUGCCCACUCGCCUGGGUGCCACCUCCCCUUCUUCGUCUCUUGAGGCGUCGGAAUCAGUGAUCCCGCCUAAUGUCCUCUCGGCCAUGGAAGCAGAUAGCAACCGCAACCAUGACUGGGCCGUCGCCAACUCGGCUGAAUUUCUCAACACCACCCCUGCUGCCGUGCGCUCUUUCGCCGCAGUUACCGCACAGCACAUGCUGGGUAAUCCGGGCAUGGUUGGUACCAACCCAUCCCUCGACGACGUUGCUGGUUUGACCAAUGAGGAACUGAAGGAUCUCUCUGGUCGUUCUCAAAAGGAUCUCGAGCUCACCCGGAAAGAAAUGGAUUCGCUGGACAAGAAGUUCGCUGCUCUGCUUCGACGCAACAAGAAGCUACAGCAGCAGGCAUUGAACUUUGCUGCUGGGUCGGAGGUUUGA